AUGGCCGCCUUUCGAUUCAUCGUCCUGCUUGCCUGCUUUCUUGGUCUGGGUGGUUACUUCGCUGCUGCCGAUUUGUCCUACAAUGGCAUUCCUCCUUGUGCGGUCUCCUGCGUUCUGCAAGAAAUUGGGCAUUCUACGUGUGCCCUCACGAAUCAGACAUGCAUGUGCAACGACAAGGUCCUCGCGGGGUACGUCCAGACAUGCGUGAUGGUGAAGUGCACAGUCAAGGAGAUGCUUGUUGCCCAGAAUCAGUCGCUUGCUGCCUGCGGUGUGCCCGUCGCCCAGCAAGACACGGUAAUGCAGUGGUUUCGAGCCCUGCUCUUCGGGCUUCCGACAUUCUUCAUCAUCGUCCGCAUAACGAACAAAUACAUGAAGCUCUCACCAUGGGGCUGGGAUGACUCGACUAUUCUGGUUUCCUAUGGUGUUCUUGCUGCCUUCUUACCAGCAGCUUAUCUUGCUGAAGAAACAGGGGCCGGACGGGAUAUAUGGACUCUUACUCCGGACCAGAUCACAUACUUUCUAUUGCUCUUUUUCAUCUUCGGGCUGCUCUACAUGACCUGCCUGGCCUUCGUCAAGGCGUCGAUUCUCUUCCUCUACCUUCGUAUCUUUCCCGACGAGAAGUUCCGACGAGUCCUCUGGUGCACCCAGGUUUUCAAUCUAUGCCUCCUGAUCGCCUUCAUUGGAGGUACCGUCGGAUCAUGUCAACCGCUUCACUACUUUUGGGACGGAUGGACGGGGGAGAUGAGGGGAAAGUGCAUCAACCUGAAUGCAUUCGCUAUGUGCCACGGCGUCCUCAAUGUCGCCCUCGACGUUUGGAUGCUCAUUCUUCCAGCGACCCAAGUAUACGAUCUGAGAAUGCCGAAACUGAGAAAAUUUGGAGUCAUGCUCAUGUUUAGUGUUGGAGUAUUCCUCACAGCAGUCAGCGCAUACCGGAUCAAGGCUCUCUUGUUAUUCUCCACGUCCUUUAAUGUAACAGCCGAUUCUUUCUCGAGUUCUCUGUGGUCGCACAUUGAAAUGUGCGUGGGCGUCUUCGUUGCCUGCCUUCCGAGCACGCGGCAGGUUUGGAGGAUACUUUUCCCCAAGAUCGUCACCCAACUGUCGAGGACCGGCCGAUCUGCCAAGGGCUCAAACAAUGAGUCUCAAGCAUCAAGAGUCAUGUCCAGUCCCCCCGGAGCAAUCCGAGUAUCGACGUACGAGGAGUCGUCAAUAGCUCACCUGGUUGGAGACUUCAGACAUAUCGACCUGAAUGAUCUUCCAUCUGAACCAGACACGCCGUCGACGCCUAAGACGCCGAGAACACCAAAGAACCUCAUCGAACUGAAGGAAGAACCUUGUUCGGGAAGCUCAAGAGACACGAUGAAGUGA